AUGUACCAGGAAAAAGUAAAAAGUGAAAGUGACAUUGACAGUGAUAGUGAUCUCAAUAUCAACAGUGGCAGUGAUUUCAACAAUAAUAGUGAUAUUAAUUUGAAUAUUGACAGUGAUAGUGACACUACAGCUAGCCUAAAUAAGAAUGAAAGCAAUGGUGUGUCUAAUGAUGUAGAUUGCGUAAGUGAUAAAAAAUUUUUAAUUAGGAAAAGAGAUAAUGAUAUUGACACUGAGAAAAUCGUUGAUGAUUAUGAGUUCGAUCGUAAAACUGCUAUUAGUGACGGAGAUGGUGAUAGAGACAGUGAUAUGAAUACAAAUGUUAAGUACGUUAAAAUCCGUAAAGCGAUGCUUAAAUGUUUGCCUGAAGAUAGCACUGUGUCUGAAAAUGAAGCUGUAGUUCCUUUGCAAAGUCUGCUCAACAAGACUGUUGAGCGUCUGUGUCAGGUUGUUGCACUCGAUUGUGAGGAAAAAGAUCUGGACAAAUUAGUGCUAUUUGUAACUGGAGGAUUUGACAGAUCUGCUGACCAUACUUAUGCACAUAAGUAG